ACAUGACAGUUGCAGUGAAGCGGGCAGGACAUUGACUGAAAUGUUGCUUCCGCAGUAAACACACAUGCAGGUGAAACAGAACAAUCAGUCCUGUGGAAAGAGGACGAUAAAUGGAGUGAUGUUUGUGUUUUAGGUCAAACUGAUCCAAGGAGGCAGCGGACAUGGCUGCUUCAUUCCUCUUUGCAGUGACCACGGUGCUUUCAGCUCUCUGUGGAAGUUGGGUCUCUACAACAAGAUCUUUUUCUAUAGACUACAAGAACCACUGUUUCCUAAAAGAUGGGAAGCCUUUUCAGUACAUCUCAGGUAGUAUCCACUACUCCAGAAUCCCACAGUAUUACUGGAAGGACCGGCUGGUGAAGAUGUACAUGACUGGACUCAAUGCCAUCCAAGUAUAUGUCCCCUGGAACUUCCAUGAAGAAGUUCAGGGAGUCCACAACUUCACAGGACACAGAGAUUUGGAGCAUUUUCUGAAUCUGGCCAACCAGACAGGCCUCCUGGUGAUCCUGCGUCCAGGACCAUACAUCUGUGCAGAAUGGGAAAUGGGUGGAUUACCAGCAUGGCUUCUUCAAAAACCAAACAUCAUUCUUCGCUCAGCAGACACAGAUUAUUUGGAGGCAGUCAGCAGCUGGCUUGCUAUUCUCCUCCCCAAAAUUAAACCUUGGCUCUACAUCAAUGGUGGUAACAUCAUCACUGUCCAGAUUGAGAAUGAAUAUGGAAGCUAUUUUGCCUGUGACUACAACUACAUGCGUCACCUGCGGACACUGUUCCGCUUCUUUCUGGGCGAGGACGUCGUUCUCUUCACCACUGAUGGAAACACAGACAAGGAGAUGACAUGUGGCACAUUGGAUGGGUUGUUUGCCACGGUGGACUUCGGCACAGACACCAACAUAACUGUAGCCUUCAACCGCCAGAGAAGAUUCGAGCCUCAAGGACCCCUGGUGAACUCCGAGUUCUACACAGGCUGGUUGGACCACUGGGGAGAUCAGCAUGCCGUGGUCAGUGCUCAGAAGGUCAGCAGAGUGCUUGAAGAAAUGCUAACCAUGGGGGCCAACGUCAACAUGUACAUGUUUGAAGGAGGAACUAACUUUGGCUACUGGAAUGGAGCUGAUCAUGACACCAGUUUCCGCUCUGUGGUAACAAGCUAUGAUUAUGACGCCCCACUGACUGAGGCAGGAGACCCCACAGAGAAGCUGUUGGCUAUCAGAGAUGUCAUAAAACAGUUUAGAGACGUCCCCUCCGGCUCCAUGCCACCAGCAACUCCUAAAUUUGCCUAUGGCUUUGUGAGGCUACAACAGGUUGGAAACAUUAACAGUUUGCUAGACACACUUUCUCCUGUUGGGCCAGUCCAAUCCAAGUAUCCUCUGACCUUUGAAGAGAUGAAACAGUACUAUGGAUACAUGCUGUAUCGGACCGCCCUGCCCCAGGACCUCUCAGAGCCCACGCCACUUAUCUCUCCACUGAAUGGGGUUCAUGACCGUGCAUAUGUGUCGGUCAAUGGGGUUUUCCAGGGGUUGUUGCAGAGAGAUACUAUACUGGUGAUGAAUGUAACAGGAAAGCAGGGGGACACACUGGAUAUUCUUGUUGAAAACAUGGGCAGAGUUAACUUUGGCAGCAAGAUCAACGACUAUAAGGGCCUGCUGAGCAACUUGAUCUUAGGUAAAGACAUACUGACAGACUGGAAGAUGUACCCACUAGAUAUUGAUGGAGCCAUUUCUAGAGGAUGGCCUCAUUCAAACGGUCAGAAGUCCAUCCCAUCCCUACAAAGAGAACCUUCAACUGGACCAACCCUCUACAUGGGGACCUUACAACCUAACGGACUAGCAUGGGACACGUUUCUCAAGCUUAAUGAAUGGACAAAGGGCCAGAUUUGGAUUAAUGGGGUGAAUUUGGGACGAUACUGGCCAGCGAGGGGCCCCCAGCAGACUCUAUAUGUCCCUGGACCCUUGCUCAGCACCAGUCUGCCCAACAACAUCACAUUACUGGAGCUGGAGGGAGCCCCAACACACCUGCUAGUUCUCUUUAUGGACCGGCCUCAGCUCAACGUCACUGCUGGGAAAUCCUGACUCCUGUAUUUGUCUCAGCUCCUCUAUAGAACACCUGAACACAUUAGGUGUGUCUAAUGUGAAUUACAGGAGGACAUAUUCUUUGCUUCAUUGUUGCAAAUUCUUCAUCAGCCCCAAUGUCUGGUUCUUCAAUCAGCUUUAUUAUCAUGUCACCUGAAUAUUACAGUAUUAUAAGAUUCUUUGCCACAACACAUUCUGUAAAUAUUCUGUAUAAUAAUUUCAUUACAGUUUUUAAAGUGAGUUUAUCCAACUAUCUUAAAUCCUUUUACAAAUUUGACUUUUUUUCCUUUACUAAAAAUAAAAAAGGUGAAAAAGCAA